CAAUAGUGGCAGACUUUUCUUUUCCCUGCAAUAACAAUUACUGCACUGCAUGGUCGCCGAUCAAUAAUUAAUCAGUUGCCAAUGGGCGUGGCCGUCUUACUUUGCCGGACCGGUCAGUCAGACUGAUCGACUAUUAAUGCAUGCAGCAUCCUCGGCGUUUAGACUCGUGCUAGCGUCGUCGAACUAGUCAUCAUCCACCAUCAACCAUCAAAUAAUGCGCUCCACAGUCCUCUCCAUCUAUAUCACCGUAUCACCUCUAUCUGCAAGCCCAAGCGCUCCCACUGCUAGCUGUACAUAGCUUCCUCAACAUGGCCCCGCGCCGGUUCCACAAGAAAAGCCGCCACGGCUGCUCUCAAUGCAAGCAGAAUCGCACCAAGUGUGAUGAGAUCCCGCCCAAAUGCGGACGAUGCCAGAGGAUCGGAUCGAACUGUUCAUUGGCCCAGCAAUCCUCGGGCUUGAUCUUCAUCCCCGCCAAUCUUGCAGAUAACCACCACAGUCCAGACGAGGACAGCACAGCCAACACGCUUUCGGAAAGCGGCCCUCCCCUGGAUAGAGACAGGAGCCGCGAUGAUAUCCCUAAAAAUGAGAAUACGCGCAACCCAAUAGCUUCCUCUCAUGGUGCGCGGAAUUACGACGUCGACACCGACGACCAUACAAACAAUAAUAACAAUCAUAUUAUUAAUAAUACCCCGGCGAUCUGGCUCAGUGAUAGCAGCAGCUCGGGGAAUAAUUACCCGAACAAUGAUACUCCGAACAGCGCCCUGAGCCAACCAGCAGACCCCGCCGACAUCAUCACGGAUCUCGAGCAAGAACGUCUCCGGCUAAUCGCUCAUUAUACGUUGCAUACUGCACAGGCCAUCACCGACUUCUCCAUCGAAGACGGAGACUUGUCGGUCUGGCGGGACUGGGUUUUAGAACUCGCCUUCAAGCACGACUUCUUAUUGCACGGCCUGCUGAGUUUGAGUGCGCUGCAUUUGGCCUUGCUGUCUGCACAAAGCGAUGCUCCCUCCCGGCAGAGGGACCAUUAUACGGUGCUAGCGAUCCAGCAUCAUGAUCGCGGCGUAGCGUUAUUUCGACCCCAUAUCUACUCAAACCUUGCAACCCUUGACCAGGAUGCCGGUUUCGCCUUUUCAUGUCUUGUCGCCUUGUAUUGCUUUGGUAUCCAGCGUCCUUCCGCGGUCCCAGGCAGUUCCCUUUCUACUUCUUCCAAUGUCCCCGACAAGCCGAUUGCCAAGAUUCAUCAAGCGCUAACACUCAUUCGAAGCUCGUCACGUGUAGCAAAACGGGACUUUGAGGCACUCAAGCGAGGUCGUUGGUCUGCUGCGGUGAUUCCUUUCCCUGAAGUUACAGCACAGCUAAGCCUUCCGGACGAGAUGGAGCACGUAAUCGCGAAACUGAUGACACACACAUCAAAGACAAUCUCCAUAUCAACUCAGCAGGAAAUGUAUAGCUCGGUCAUCCAGAAUCUUCGAAUCAAUCUCGCAAUUGCUGUGAGAUACAAACGUGCCCUGAAUAGAGUUUCCUAUUUUACUGUGAUGAGUCCGCUUGAGUAUUGGAACAUGGUUUGUAUUGGUGAACCGUUGGCGUUAGCUAUCCUCGCCAAUUUUGGUGUCAUUUUGCAUUGGAUGAAGGAUUCUAUUUGGAUAGAAGGAUGGGGGAAAGAAACGGUAGAUGCGGUGCACCAAGCUCUGCCUUUAGAAUGGCACGAGUGUAUCGCCUGGGCGGUAAGAGAAGUAGAACGAUAAUAUACACCGUACGCAGACGCACA